AGGCUUAUUCAAGUGAAGACUUUACUUUUAUAAUGUUGGGCAAACCUGCAGUCAGCUGAGACCGAAGGAGUUACCUGGAUGCGUGAAACGUUUCUCCCAAUGAAAACGUCCUGAUGACCAGAAUCAACCUUCAGGAUUUCCUUUAGUCAGUUCUCUAGUUUUGCACACCUGCCAGUCCAGAACAGGUGACGCUGAGCACAACGCCGUGGAACUUCUUCGCGUGGAUUAGCGGGUCCAGACACUGUUAGCUUUGAACUUUGGUCUGCAUUUGGCAGCUGAUAAGGUUACAAACAAUGUAUAAAGGUCAGGCUGGUCUUUGGUCGUCGGUGAUGUUCUUGAGCCGUAAAAAAAGUGCACAGUGCCUUAAGACAUGACGAACCAUAACGUGGCUGACCUCCCCAGCGGCCCACUCGAUGUCUACAGGAACAAAGCCUCCUUCAACUGGAAGGACAUGGUCCGCUUUAUAGAUGGAGAAGAUGUAUAUCAAUUCAAGCAACAUGUGUUCAAGACACUGGAGAACGACCCUCUGUUUGCCCGUCAGCCUGGUGAAGAUGUCCCCAUAGAGAAAAAGAGAGAGUUGAACUUUCUGAGAAUGAAGCAGCUGCUUCGGUACAACUUUGUCACCAAGGAAGAGGCGAUGGCCAAUCCCUGGAAAGCGGUGUACCUCGAAGACUGUCUGGGCAUGUAUGACUGGGCCUUGGUUGCUAAGCUCUUCCUCAGCAUAGGGAUGUUUGGAGCAACUGUUGCCAACUCAGGGUCAAGCAGACAUAAGAAAUUUGUUGAAAACAUUGAAGACAUGAAGAUCUUUGGAUGCUUUGCUUUGACUGAGUUGAGCCAUGGCAGUAACACCAGAGCCAUGAGGACCACGGCCAAGUAUGACCCCUCUACUCAGGAGUUUGUGAUCAACUCUCCGGACUUUGAGGCUGCAAAGUUCUGGGUGGGGAACCUGGGAAAGACUGCUACCCAUGCUGUGGUGUACGCUCAGCUCUACACACCUGAUCAGGUGUGCCACGGACUGCACUCUUUUGUUGUCCCGGUGAGAGAUCCCAAGACCCUGCUGGCUUUGCCUGGUGUGCUGGUCGGAGACAUGGGGAAGAAGCUGGGUCAGAAUGCACUGGAUAAUGGGUUUGCGAUGUUCCACAAUGUGAGAAUCCCACGCGAGAACCUGCUGAAUAAGACCGGAGAUCUGACUCCUGAUGGUCGCUACGUGACACCAUUUAAGGACCCUAAAAAGCGUUUUGGGGCAUCUCUUGGUGCCUUAUCAGGGGGCAGAGUGUAUAUCACCAGGAUGGCUCUUAACAACCUGAAGUUAGCUUUGACAGUGGCUAUCCGCUUCUCAGCUGCCAGGAGACAGUUUGGACCCAAAGACACAGAGGAAAUUCCUGUUUUAGAGUACCAGUUACAGCAAUGGCGUCUGAUUCCGUACUUGGCGGCAGCAUAUGCUCUUGAAAACUUCACCAAAUCCACCACUAUGAACUUUCUUGAGUUUCAGAUUGGACAGAUGUUGAAAGACAAAAGUGACACAGCAGAGAUGGGCAGAGAGAUCCAUGCAAUUGGUUGCUCCAGCAAACCACUGGGAUCAUGGACUGCUCAAAGAGGCAUCCAGGAGUGCCGGGAGGCCUGUGGUGGACACGGAUACUUGGCCAUGAAUCGGCUGGGUGAUCUGCGUGAUGACAAUGACCCAAACUGCACAUAUGAAGGAGACAACAACGUACUGCUGCAACAGACCAGCAGCUAUUUGCUCUCCUGGCUCCAUGCAAAACAGCGUGACGGUGUGCGGAUUGAGUCUCCCUUUCACACCGUGGAUUUUCUGGAGGAGUCUCAGGAGAUCCUCAAAAGCAGGUUCACUGCACUCACAGUGGACGACUGUGUGGAUUCUGCAGUGCCUUUGGCAGCCUAUAAGUGGCUUGUGUGUUUCCUGCUGGAGGAGAGUCAGAAGAAGCUGGAACAAGAGCGAGCGUUGGGCAACGAUGACUUUGAAGCCCGUAACAACUGCCAAGUUUACUACUGCAGGUCACUGGCCAUGGCCUACAUUGAGCACACCUGCCUGCAGAGGUUUCAUGAGCUGACCACUAAUCGGGACACACCAGCUGGUCUCAAACCAGUAUUAAGGAAACUUUGUGCCCUGUAUGGGCUGUGGAGCCUCAGCAGCCACAUGGCAACACUGUACCAGGGUAAUUACUGGAGUGGACGUAAGCCUACUGAGCUGGUCCAGAUGGCAAUCCUCACUCUCUGCUCCCAGCUAAAGGAUGAUGCAGUAGCCUUAGUGGACGUCCUGGCACCCACUGAUUUCAUCCUCAACUCACCUAUUGGCUGCGCUGAUGGACAGAUUUACAACCACCUGUGGUCCACAAUAAUGCAGGGCAGCAAAGUGCUGGAACGUCCAUCCUGGUGGAAGGAGUUCUGCUCAGACAAACCUGUGCUUGGAUCUCUGCGUCCAAAACUCUAAAACCCAGUCGUGCUCUGCAAAGGAUCUCUGCAUGUCUGUCCAGUGCCUGAAGUUUAUGUAAAACUUAAAAUUUGCUUGGGCUCAAAUUCCAACAAUGUUAGGAAAUGUUGAACAAGUCCAUACAAAACUUUACAAACUGUGACACUCGAGAUUUCAACAAACUUUCAUGAAUCCUCUGCUUCAUACACCCACAUUUUCAUUAUCAUUUAGUUGCACAUGAGUGCUUAAACUUUAAGAAAACUGUGUGCUACUCAACAGUAAUUAAAAUUAGUUGCAGCCCUAAGACAUCGACAUGCUUCAGCAUUUCUGGUAACAUCAUUGGUGGUUAAUAGCUGGUAUAUUUUAAUAGUUUUACCAUCUCUGCGUCCAGUUUUUCUAACUUCACACCAGAAAUGUCGAUAUGCUUUUUUUUUUCAUCACAUUUGUAGAUCAACACAUACUUGUGUACAUGUAUCACUAUAACUAGAUAUAGAAAGAUGCAUUACACAGCACAUGUGUAUAUAUCAUCAAAUAAAAUGUGGCGUAUCUUCUGUACAAAAACAUUCCUUUCCACCCUUUGCUCAUAUACAUUUUACCCAGUAAGAAGCUUUUAUUUUUUUACAUGUCACACAUGUUAUAGCUGGUGAAAUAAAUGCGUUGUAAUAUUAAACAAAGAUAACCAAGUAAAUAGAAAAUACAGUUUUUAAAAGACAAUUUAAUUAAGAGAAAAAAAACCCUGAAGCCUGAUUGGUUGUGUCACUUUAUAACAUGAGUUUUGCUCUCUAACAAAGAGCAGAAUUUUGGGCCAUCAGUUCAUGCCCUGAGGCUCAGGCGCACUCUGGCUAUUCAACAGGACUAUGAUCCGUAACACGCCUUCAAGUCCACCUCUAAACGACCGGAAAAACGAUUUUGGCCUAAAGAAGAGCAAAUACUUUAAUAGCACUGUGUUUAAAAAAAGCUGUUUCUGUGCUGUGAUGAGCUCUGAAACCUGACUGAAACUCUUCAAAUAAGCCAUUCCUCUGCAGAUGAUCUGUUAGCUGUUUGACAACUACUCUUUCAAGGAUGUUUGAUAUGAAAGGAAGGUUGGAGAUUGGCCUAUAAUUAGCUAAGACAGCUGGGUCUAGAGAUGCUUUUUGAGUAAAGGUUUAACUACAGCCAGCUUGAAGGCCUGUGAUACACAGCUGAUUAUUAGAGAUAGGUUGAUCAGAUUUAAGAUUGAAGAAUUAAUUAAUGGCAGAACUUCUUUGAGCAGUUUUGUAGGAAUGGGGUCUAAAAGACAUGUUGAUGGUUUGGAGGAAUUAUUGAAGUUAACUCAGAAAGAUCAAUUGGAGAAAAAGAGUCUAAAUGAAUAUCAAUGGUACUAAAGGUAGCUGUAGAUGACCAUUUCACAGAUGUAACAUUGAGUAAUUUUUUUUUAAUGGUUCAAAUUUGAUUUGUUUGUUGCUGAGUAGCUAUGGCAGUUAAUCUUUGGGUGUUAAAUGUCAUGGCUUUGUCCUUGGCUGUUGGUAAGUAAGGGAUUCUUAGGUUCUCUAUGCUUCCAUCACAAAUAGAUGCUCUGAGAUACGAACCCCUUUCACUGAUAGCUUCUACUAGCUACCAGCUAUAUCAACUGCUUUAAUAGUAGUUAAAGCUAAAAUUAAGCAUUAGAUACCCGUUUUUAUCUCCAGCUCUUUUCUUUCCUUUUUUUGCUUUAGCUUCUUUUUCCUGUAAAAUUUGCUUUUAUUUUAAGGCUCAUGAUUUGGCUAACAGUGUCGCUUUCUCCGACUCUGCCUUUAAACGACCAGAUGAUACACAAUGAGACUACACUGUAGCCAUUUUAAAACCAUGCUUUGAUCAUAGCAAUAUAUGUGAGAUUCACCUUUUCAUUUCUUUAUUCCGCUUCAUUAAUGCUAUUCUCAGUAAUGAUUAGCCAUCUCGUCCAAGUCCAUUCUGCAAAGUCCUGAAAAGAAGCAUCCUUGAAACUUGGGUUCAAGCAGGGUUGUUUGAUCUUUGUUCAUUUUUUCUUUAGAAAUCUGUUGAAGAAUCCCUUUAACACUGUACACAGAACUCUCCAACCUGCUGAACUCAUCCAUUGGUUUGUUUUAUCUUGAAUGUCAUAACCCCGGAACAAGGUGACAUAGGAUUUUAAAAUUCAUACCAAAGGUGCAGUUUCUAAAAUUCUUGGAUAAGUUCACAUCUCAGUGAUCUUGAAGCCAAGAUCAAGGUCAGAGAUCAAGUGUCCUGAAAAUCUAGAUAACUGAAUGUGAAUGUGACAACUCACGAAAGCUCACCGAGGAUUUUCACAUUUAUUCUGCACGAGCAUCUACAGGAGGGGUAGCAGCAGUCGCCAAAAUUUUUACUCUGAUCUAACUUAACAUCAUUUUUAUUUUUUUAUGUUCUUUAUUUUUAACCAAUGUUAUUUGGAUAAAAACAUUUAUAGUAUAAGGCUAUCACUACAUCCCCAUGUUCUUUGUGUCAGCUGAAACACUGCCGAAGUUUUUAUACUGUGGAAAAACUCUGCAAUGCUCACGGCUGGAAAAGUCAAGCUAAAGCACCUCACUGCAUAGCAGAGGUUUGUUCUAUGGCUCAAUUAAAUAAAAGCUCAGUUUUUGAA